AUGAGCUGUAUAAGAAGGAACAAUGAGAGCAGCACAUCUGAGUUCAUCCUCCUGGGGCUCCCCAUCCAGCCAGAUGACCAAGCCAUGUACUCUGCCCUGUUCCUGUCCAUGUACCUGACCACGGUGCUGGGGAACCUGCUCAUCAUCCUGCUCAUCAGGAUGGACUCUCACCUCCACACCCCCAUGUACUUCUUCCUCAGCCACUUGGCCUUCACGGACAUCUCCUUCUCAUCAGUCACAGCUCCAAAGAUGCUCAUGAACAUGCUGACGCACAGCCAGUCCAUCUCAUAUGCUGGGUGUGUUUCCCAGGUGUACUUUUUUCUAUAUUUUGCAGAUCUUGACAGCUUCCUUCUGACCUCCAUGGCCUAUGACAGGUAUGUGGCCAUCUGCCACCCUCUGAACUACACCUCCAUUAUGAGCCAGAGCCUCUGUGUCCUGCUAGUAGUUGUGUCCUGGGCCUUGUCCUUUGCCAGUGCCCUUGUGCACACCCUCUUGCUUACCCAACUCUCUUUCUGUGGGGACAAUACUCUGCCCCACUUCUUCUGUGACCUCUCUGCCCUGCUUAAGCUGUCUAGCUCAGACACCUCCAUCAAUGAGCUGGUUAUCUUCACAGUGGGAGUGGUGAUCAUAACUGUGCCAUUGAUAUGCAUUCUGGUUUCUUAUGGCUACAUUGGGGCCACCAUCCUGAGAACUCCCUCCAUCAAGGGUAUCUUCAAAGCCUUGUCCACAUGUGGCUCUCACCUCUCUGUGGUUUCUCUGUACUAUGGAUCCAUUAUUGGACUAUACGCUUUCCCUUCUCCUAACAACAGUAAUAGCAAGGAUGUCAUCGUGGCUGUGAUGUACACUGUGGUCACACCCAUGCUGAAUCCCUUUAUCUAUAGUCUAAGGAAUCGAGAUAUGAAAGGAGCUCUGAGAAAUAUUCUCAGCAAGAGAACAUGUUCACAGUGA